GACACCAGAACCGGAAGUUGCUGUGCAGUCGACUGGGUUUUACACUGUUUUUAUCUUGUUUUAUACUCCUUGAGUAGACGGAUUAAGAAAUAAUAGCAACAAACUAUCGGAAUAUUUAGUUUUGAGCUCCAUAUACUCACACUUUGUACUGUUCCAGUUUCUACACAGUAGUAAAUGGGUGCAUAUUACUGUUCAAUAUGCAGGCAAACCACAUUCUCUGGGAAGUCGCACAUCUUCGGAAAAAGCCACCAAAGCAGAUUAAGAGUAGUUCUUCUGAAAUUCUUAGAAAAGGUGAAGGAAGCUCGACGAACACUUAAAAAGCCCCAAGUGGAAAAGUUUGAUUGUUCUCAGCACAAGCAGACUUUCUGGUGCUACUGCUGUGACCUCGAGGUGGAGAAACAUGUUACAGAUGGGAACAUGACUGUGUUACACGGAGGUCUGCUGGAACACAUGGCUACACAAGAACACAGAAAGAGUGCACACAAAUUCUGGUGGGAGAAUAAGGCCGACCCGAAGCUCCGAGACAAAGUCAUCAUCACAGAGGAUGAAACGCAGAGGUUCAAAACUGAAGUUGAGAAGGUGUUGGAGACGUUUGUGGAGAAGGAGGAUGAUUUCAUUAAACAGGAAGCAGAUUUUAUCCGGACCCAAGAGAAGUAUCGUCAAGAGGUCCUUCAGUCUCUGAUAGAGCGUGACACAGAACUGGAGACGGCGAAUGGACCCAACGGCACCGACGUCUGUGCAGAAGAUGCCGUCAGCUCUGGGUUCAUGUGUAAUGGAUCAGAGCGGCAGACAGGGGGCAGCGUUGUCCACUCCAUGGUCGAAGUCCCAAGGGCUGCAGCAGUACAAGGCCUGACCUUCAUUGGUUAUCAGGAUUCAUCAAGCAGUGGAAAUGUUCAUACAGGCGCCGUCCCUCCGUGGCUUCAGGACGACCCUCUGGAAGGCGCCUCAGGUUCUGUGAUUCAUCCACAGAUCGGUCCGUCGCUGCAGGAAUUCCUCAAACACAAGGAACAAGAGAAGCUGAGGAAGCUUCCCCCGAACAGAGUGGGAGCGAACUUCGACCACAGUUCACACACAGAUGCAAACUGGCUUCCAUCCUUCGGCCGAGUGUGGAACAGCGGCCGACGCUGGCAGUCCAGACACCAGUUCAGACAAGAGGAGGGACAGAAGAAGAGACAGAAGAGGAAGUGGUCACAUGGUCCAGAGACGACAAAGAAAGACAAACUCCACUAAAUCUGACAAUAUUCAUGCUCAUGUUUAUAAUAUGUACUAAGUCUGACAAAUAUGCAGUAUUUAUAUUUAAAGAACAGUAGAAUAUUCCCCUUAUAUUUUAUAGAAUGUCUAUUCAAAUGUUCAUGUUUGAUACUUGAUGUAUAAAACACAUGCUCCAGUGUGUGAAGUGAAAUGGGAUCUACGUUAGAAUAUGACUUUAAGAGCUUUAUUUAAAGGCAUUUGAGGUGACUUCCUUGGCUCAUUGAACAUGAUGUAAAAGGAACCAGCAGAGGGCGCUGUCCACUUAGCAAACAUCCCAAUGACAGACGCACUGGAUGGAACUAAUGUGUAGUGUUUGUGUUGGAUUCUAUCUUCUAUCUUUAUGAAUUCAUUCUUCCACUUAAUGCUGUUUUGUUCCUUUUUUGUUAGACUGAACAUCAUUCAUCUUUAAUAUAAUAAUGUUCUUUACCCACAGAGGAGGAUCCAUUUCCAUAUUCUCUUACUGGUCUUCAGGAUGUACAUUUAAGUUAUGGUAAACUGGUUUGUGGACCUUUAUGACUCUCUAAACUGGAAGCUCAGCUGGUUUUCUAUUCCUUCGUUAUAAACAGAAGGCAGUUAUUCCUGAGUUCAGUGGUUUAUAGAAACACUGACAACAAAACAGAAUCUGUCUAAUAAAAUACACAGCUGGGAUGGAAA